CCGUCUGUAUGUACUGAGGAGGGCAGAGCCAACACUUUUGCCCGAGGUGCCCAGGUAGAGCAGGGAAAGGUGAGCCCAUUUGAGGGGCCAGGAGCCGGGGCUGAAUUGGUGGCUGGAGCUGUCAGGCUAUGACCGAGGAAGAAGGCAGAGGCAGCUGCCAGCAAAGACAAGCUCUAUCUGCCACGGCGCAGCAAGAAGCGUGAAAGGAGGAGGAAGGAAGGAGGGAGGGAAGGAGGGAAGGAGGAAGCAAGAGGGAGGGAGAGACUUCUCCGGAGCAGCCUGCCUCUGCCUCUCCCCCCUCCCGGCUCCUGCUGCCUGCGUUUCCUGACACCCAAGGAGCCUCCGCUCGCGACUCCAGGAUUAUUGCAAGGGCCAAGGCUCCAGAUGGCAGGCUGGGGCAGGCAGAGCCAUCGGCUUGGUCUGGUGCCUCGCCUCCCCAAGUGAAGCAGAAGGAAAGGGGGAAGGACCCCCAAGUCUCUCCGCCGUCAACUUGAACCGAUUGGAAGACUCUGGCAUUCUUCAUGAAGUCUCUUCUGAUGGCACUCCUGAGCUCAGUGGUUGUAAGGGCAGCUAUGAAGAGGCCAGGCAAAUCAUCUCCCAUGUGGAUCAGCAUUUGAUUUCUGUUAUAUACACUAAAGAUUAACAGCAGUGACACAGAUUCAGUUGCCAUGCAAUAUGGAGCAAUGACCCAGAAGAAUUCCUAGUGCAGUUUCUCCAAGAGCGUUUACAAGAGGUGGACAUCGCCUCCUCUGAGCUGGCCUGAAAAAUGGGUGAUGGCACAUGGAUCACACUUAGUCCAGCGGAAUUUGCUCAGCUCCAACAGUAUACGGAGUAUUCCACAAAGAAGUUGAAAGAUGUUCUGGAAGAGUUCCAUGGGGAUGGUGUCCUAUCGAAAUACAACCCAGAACAGAAACAAGACACUCUGAACCAACCUAUCGACUAUGAAGGAUUCCAGCUUUUCAUGAGAACCUAUCUGGAGGUUGAUAUUCCUGAAGAGCUCUGCCAACACCUCUUCUUGUCCUUCAAACGAAAAAUUUGCCAAUAUUCCCCAGAGAGCCAGCAGCAAAGUUCCAGCGUUAUGCAGCUCAGCAAUCUUGAGUCCAAGACUAUUGAUACAGGCAUCUCCAUCCAGACUGAAGUUGCUUGUGCUCCUGUUACAGGGAUCAAUGGGAAAACUCUCAACACCAUGGGAAGGCACACGCCUGAAUCCAAGAGCUCCCAGGCAAACCUGGCAGAGCAGCAAACAGCCUCCUUAUGUCCCACUCCAACCAAUACCAAUGCCCUUGGGAACGCCUCACCAAGCUGGUCCAGGUCGUCAUCACAGAAAUCCACUGCCGGUACCCCUUCUGCUCACAAUUCCUCAGGGUCCUCCAAGAUCUCCUCAGGUUCUCUGCUAAGCCCACAAUCCCCAGGCUCCAAAAGCUUGGAGAAGAAAUUGCCAUUCAACCUCCGAAAGAGCCACAUCUCCCUGAAAACAGCCAGUCCACAACCACCAGCCCCAUCAUUGGCUCAGGUAGUCUACCUGAAGGACAUUGUCUGCUCCCUGUCACUGCUGGAAAGGGGACGGGCUGAGGAUAAGCUGGAGUUUAUGUUUCGAUUGUAUGACACAGAUGGCAAUGGCCUCCUGGACAGCUCGGAGCUGGAUCGUAUUAUCAAUCAGAUGGUUCACGUUGCAGAAUACUUGGAAUGGGACUCCACUGAACUGAAACCGAUUUUGAAAGAGAUGAUGGAAGAAAUAGACUAUGACCAUGAUGGAACUGUGACACUAGAAGAGUGGAUUCGGGGUGGGAUGACCACCAUCCCCUUGCUGGUUUUGCUGGGCAUGGAAACAAAUGUAAAGGAUGAUGGGCAACAUGCCUGGAGGUUGAAGCACUUCAAGAAGCCUGCCUACUGCAACUUCUGUCGCACAAUGUUGUUGGGCGUCCGGAAACAAGGCUUAUGCUGCUCCUUUUGUAAAUAUACAGUCCAUGAAAGAUGUGUCGCUAAAGAAAUCCCCCCCUGCAUCAGCACUUAUGUGAAAUCCAAGAGAAAUACAAAUGUUAUGCAGCACACAUGGAUUGAAGGGAACUCCCUAGCCAAGUGCGAUCGAUGUCAUAAAAGCAUCAAAUGCUAUCAGGGCAUUACCGGACUGCAUUGCGUAUGGUGCCAAAUCACACUUCACAACAAAUGUGCCUCUCAUGUGAAGCCUGACUGUGAUGGUGGGCAGUUGAAGGACCACAUCUUACUGCCUUCCAACAUUUGUCCAGUAGUUCUGGAUAGGCAAUCCCACCCAAGAAGAUCAGACAGUGAAUCACCCUCCAGCACUACUCCAGAUGAUGCAAACAUGACGUUCAGGUACAACACCACCACAGUGGAUGGACAUGGAUUGCAGAUCACUCCUAACCCUGGAACACAUCCACUGUUGGUGUUUGUGAACCCCAAAAGCGGAGGGAGGCAAGGAGAAAGGGUCCAUCGGAAAUUCCAUUACCUACUCAACCCCAGACAAGUUUACAAUUUGGACCGAGGGGGACCUAUUCCUGGGUUAAACUUUUUCCGUGAUGCCCCAGACUUCCGUAUUCUGGCUUGUGGAGGGGAUGGAACUGUUGGGUGGAUCCUGGACAGCAUAGAUAAGCUAAACUUAGCCAAGCACCCUCCUGUAGCUAUUCUGCCCCUGGGGACAGGCAAUGACCUUGCCCGCUGUCUACGAUGGGGAGGAGGUUAUGAAGGGGGCAACUUAAUGAAAGUUCUGAAGGAUAUUGAACAUAGCACCGAGGUCAUGCUAGACCGAUGGCAAAUUGAUGUCAUCCCCAAUGACAAAGAGGAAAAUGGAGACCCUGUCCCAUUAAGCAUCAUCAACAACUAUUUUUCCAUAGGAGUGGAUGCAUCUAUUGCACACAGAUUCCACAUGAUGAGAGAAAAACAUCCAGAAAAAUUCAACAGCAGAAUGAAGAAUAAGCUGUGGUAUUUUGAAUUUGGCACAACAGAAACCUUUUCCGCCACCUGCAAGAAGCUCCAUGAUUAUGUAGAAAUCGAGUGUGACGGAACAGUUCUGGAUCUGAGUAGCACUUCUUUGGAAGGCAUUGCUGUGCUCAACAUCCCCAGUAUGUACGGAGGUUCCAAUCUCUGGGGAGAAACCAAGAAGCAACGUAGCCUUAACCGGAUGAGCAAGAAAGUGCCAGAGAAAUUACAGACUUCAGUAGUUAUAGAUGCCAAGGAGCUCAAAUUCUGUGUUCAAGAUCUCAGUGAUCAACUCCUAGAAGUCGUGGGCCUCGAAGGAGCUAUGGAGAUGGGGCAAAUCUAUACUGGGUUGAAGAGUGCUGGCAAGAGGUUGGCUCAGUGUUCCUCUGUCACCAUCAGGACAUCCAAGCUUCUGCCCAUGCAGGUGGAUGGUGAGCCCUGGAUGCAGCCGCCUUGCACAAUUAAAAUCACCCACAAAAGCCAAGUGCCAGUGUUGUUGGGACCUCCCCAAAAAAGCAGCUUCUUCUUCUUGAGGAGGAGAAACCGAACUCGAGACUAAUCUGCGACCUGCAAAGAACAAUCUUCAGAUGCAGCAGUUCCUCUAUUCCAGCAGCAGCCCUGCAAGGAAACCUUAUGGAAAAGAAAA